AUGGGAUUUAACGAAGAAGUCCACCACAACACGAGCGCGGGUGUCAUCCUCAGUGCCAACAGUCUGGUGCUUCAAGGAGUCGAGAGAUCCAGUGCCGGGACCUACACCUGUUCAGCGACCAACACCCAGGGGACACAGCGCUCUAAUCCCGUGCGCCUCGAUAUCAUGUACUCGUUAGUGGAAUUAUUCGCCAAUUCCUCCUUUAUUCUCUACCCUUUCUCCAUCUUCCAAAGACCGCCAACCAGUUUUAGCGAACCCUUAAGGAGACAAGUUGUUAUACGGACCACUAAGCAGGAGGCGACGUUCCUCUGGCGACUGAACGGGUCGGAGCGAACGUACAAGUCGAAGAGCGAGCAGCUUGCGUGGGGUCACCUGGUCUCCCAAUUCACCUUCGUCGGGACUUCAGACAAGGAUUACGGCGCUCUCAUGUGCUGGGCCAACAACAGCAUCGGUACCCAGGAGAAGCCGUGCGUCUUCCAGAUCAUUCCGGCAGGUCCCCCGUCAUCCCCCGAGCACUGUGAGAUUAUCAACAACACGGCUGAGAACAUCGAGGUCCUCUGCGAACACGGCUUCGACGGAGGGAUGCGGCAGAGUUUCCUGGCGGAGGUUUACGAUGAGGGCGGGUCCUUGCAUCUGAACAGGUCCUCCGACGAGCCCCAGUGGUCCGUGGAGUCCUUGAAGCCCGGGACUAGCUACACCAUUAGGAUCUCCGCCUUCAACGCCAAGGGCAGGUCUCCUACAAUCAUCCUGACGGCGGCCACGCUCAAGGUCGCGGAGCAGAGAGUGGGUGAAAACAAAUCCCUCCUCUCGUCUCCUCUUAUCAUCAUCUUCGUCAGCAUCUUGGGAGUCUUCCUGUUCCUCAUCCUCAUCCUCGUCCUCGUCACCCGCUGGAGGAAGAACAACAACACAGGAGGAACGAGCGGUUCAGCCUCCGUCGUGGCUUCGUCGAAAUCUUCUCCUCCCGUCGAAGGCCAGGCUGGAGGAGGAGGAGGAGGAGGAGGGGGGGUCUGCAAGAAGCGGGCGAAGGAGGAGGGGAUGACAGACAAGGAGGGAUGGGCAAGGACGAAGGGAUGGAGAAACAGCAACAGCAACAGCAACAGCAGAAAGCAAGCAAACCGAAGAAGAAAGUUGUUGUUGUGGAAAACGGGAAGGACCGAGUUGGACUGAGUGACAUCACACCAGGAGAUAUUACGACGUCUAAAGGUUUGUGUGUGUUUUUUUUUAUUUACUUAUUUUUUUAAUGAAAUUAUACAUAUAUAUUUGAUUUUUCUAACUGCUGUAUAUUGCUUCUUUCCGUUACAAUGCAAUGAUGGAAUAACUGAUUACAUAACUAAUUUAGUUUUUCGAUUGGCAAUGAAUACCCAAACAGUACGGUUAAUAGGCAGAGAGAUAAUGAGAAUUUUAUCGAUAAAAAUAUCUGAAAAAGGUUAGCUUUCAUGCUUUUAUUCUUAUUUAUUCCAUCAGGUUUAU